GUCGCAAACUGAGGCCAUAAUCGCAGGUUGCUGUGCUCUGAACGCCAAAAGACCAACCAUGAUCCACCGCGGAGGCACGCACCAGCACCGACAACCCUUGUGGAGCUGCCCGGCACUGCACCGCGGCCGCUGAGGCGCGUUUUAGGCAGCCCCGGCAUGGGCUAACAAGGACGAACAGCAGCAAGGUGCAAUAAACGACAAGAUCAGCACGGCGAACCGCACUUGUGCAACAAACCAAGGAUGAACAUCGUCGGCCGCUUCCUCCAGCACCUGCGGGGUUGCCCCUACGGCGACGACGCGACGAGCAGCGACGUCGGCCUCGAUCUAGAUCACCUGUAUGGGGACGCGCUCUCGCCGGACAGCCCGCGCGCAAGUGCAAGCGGCCGGUGGCUCCAGGGCGGCCGGCGGACGCGGAAGCGGUCGCGGACGCCGCCGAUGAUGGUGACGGACGACGGCAGCGUCCUGCGCGACCCGGCUCCCAAGCGGCGCGUCUCGAUCGCGCUCGAGCCCUGCCUGCGGGCGCCGUCGCCGCCGUCGGCGCGGCGCGUCGCCACGACAUGGCCGCUCGAACCGUCCCCGCCAUCCUCACCGCUGUCUCGAAGUUCCGGGAACACGUCGGACGGCGACUUAUCGAGGAGCUGCUCGCGCCUGUGCCUCGAUGGCGGCCGGCGCACGAGCGCUUCGGACCUCUACGCGCUCGAAGGCCGCACGAGCCUUGACGGCCGCAGACCGUCCGAGGGCCGCCUCAGCUCGCGCUACUCCGUGCUCGGCCUCGACGGUAGCCAUCGGAGGAAAAACGAGCCGUCGCGCUACGACGCGGACCCCUACGCGCUCGCCUGCGACUUGGAGACCGUGCCCUGGCUCUCCAGUGGCGUGGGGCCGAUCCGCGCCCGCCGGGCCGUGCGCUUCGCCUUCGGUACGAAGGCGCCCGGUCCUAGACCGUCCGGCGCGCGGCGCCUCUCCGACGCCGAACGCUGCGCGCUCAUCGCGUCCCGGCCGGACCUCGAUGUGAGAGGAGACGUAUGGGCCAAGAGGCUAGAUCUACGGCCCACGUGGACGACGACUGCUCCGACGCCGGAGCUCUUCCCGCCGAUGCGCCGCCGCCCGUCGGAGGCCCGCAGCCUCUCGUCGCUCUCGGAGGACGACAACAAAUAAGCCAAGACCCGCCGCCUACCUGCGGCCCCCUGUGUGCAAAUUGCACAAUUCCCUAUUCGUGUUGUAACAAACUAUCGCCUCAUCUUUGCGCCCCCGCCGCGG